GCCCCGCCCCUUCGCCCUCCCGCCCGGGUCUCCGGCAGCCAAAAUGGCGGCCCCCUGUGUGUCCUGCGGUGCAGCCGCUUCUUACCGGCUCUUUCUCGGAGGUAGGGUUAGCCUCGCCCGGAAACAAGGUGUCUGGAAAGCCGCGGCUGCUGAGUUGCAGACAGGUACCGGAUUCCAGAUAUUAAGGCUGAGGCACACCACAGGUGUAACAACAAAGAAAAAUGUUGCAGCCUUGAGACGUGAAGCUUACACGGUGGAUUUUAUUAAAAAGCAGAUUGAAGAGUUCAACAUAGGAAAGAGACAUUUAGCCAACAUGAUGGGAGAAGAUCCAGAAACUUUCACGCAAGAGGAUAUUGACAGAGCUAUUGCUUACCUUUUUCCAAGUGGUUUGUUUGAGAAGCAAGCCAGGCCAAUAAUGAAGCACCCUGAACAGAUCUUUCCAAAACAAAGAGCAAUCCAGUGGGGAGAAGAUGGCCGUCCAUUUCAUUUUCUCUUUUAUACUGGCAAACAGUCGUAUUAUUCAUUAAUGCAUGAAGCAUAUGGAAAGCUACUAGAAGCAGAAAAACAUCAGAAUCAGUUGCAAGCCAAAGGUCUAUUUUCAGAAAAAGCUAAAACCAAAGACCUGAUUGGCAGCAGAUGGCUGAUUAAGGAGGAACUAGAAGAAAUGUUAGUGGAAAAACUGUCAGAUCAAGAUUAUGCACAGUUCAUUCGGCUGCUAGAAAGAUUAUUGACACUGCACUGUGGUGCCGAAGAAGAAUUUGUGCAGAGAUUCCGUAGGAGUAUAGCUGUUCAAUCAAAAAAACAGCUGAUUGAAGCUGUGCAGUAUGACCAGCAAGGAAUGGCCUUCAGCACCAGCGAAGGUAAAAGAAAGAGUGCAAAAGCCGAAGCGGCCGUUUAUGAGCACGGAAGUGGGAGAAUAAACGUAAAUGGAAUCGAUUAUCUGCUUUACUUCCCAGUGACACAAGACAGAGAACAGCUGAUGUUCCCCUUCCACUUCCUCGACCGGCUUGGAAAACAUGACGCGACCUGCACAGUCUCGGGCGGUGGGCGGUCGUCCCAGGCCGGAGCCAUACGCCUGGCGCUGGCAAGAGCCUUGUGCAGCUUUGUCACCGAGGAAGAGAUCGAGUGGAUGAGACAAGCUGGACUGCUGACUGCCGAUCCACGCAUCAGAGAACGGAAGAAGCCAGGCCAAGAGGGAGCCCGCAGAAAGUUUACCUGGAAGAAGCGCUAAGUGUUCUUUCACAGGCGAGGAGAGGAAACGCCGUGUAUAUGUGCCUGGCAUGUGGCAGACAUACAAUAAAUAUUUGCCCGCCAGUGUGAGGGCAACACUAUCAGGCA